AUGGCAGCCGAUCCAACGCUCGCGUCCUGCUGCCAGCGCGAUGCCCAGGAGCAGGCUAUGGUUGCCAAGCUCAAGGCCUCGCUGACACUCGUCGACAGGAGCAGGCACAGGGAGCACCUGAGGGAGUCGGUGCUGGGCUGCACCCCCGGCGACACCAGGCCAGAUCGUGACAGCUUGGAGACGAGCGACGACGAAGAGCUCGGGAACGCGGUGUUCUUCGGCGGCGUGGCCGCCGCCUCCUUCUUCGGCUACUACUACUGGCGCUAUGAGGUGGACGAGCUGGAGGCGCUGGUGGAGUCCACCUCCCGCCCCGAGAACGCCUUCCCCGGCUCCGGCGCCUGGGCGGCAGUCAUGGGCUGGUAUGUGGAGCGGCGGCGCGCGCUGGAGGGGGAGGUGAAGAAGUACGCCGACCCGCCCAGCGACAAGCUGCUGCCCGACCUGCCCCCCGCCGCGCGGCACAUCAAGACCCUGGUCCUGGACCUGGACCACCUGCUGGUACACUCCCACUGGACGCGGGAGCGGGGCUGGCGCUGCUACAAGCGCCCCGGGGCCGAGGAGUUCAUCGCCGGCAUGGCGCAGUACUACGAGCUGGUGGUGUACACCGACAAGCUGUGCACCUACGUGGACCCCAUCCUGGACAGGCUGGACCCGCAGCGUCUCAUCCAGUACCGCCUGUACCGCGACUCCAACCAGUGGGAGAACAACGAGCACGUGCGCGACCUGACCAAGCUCAACCGCGACCUGGCCCAGGUCCUCUUCCUCACAGCCGACCCCGAGGCGCGCUUCAACCCCCCGGAGAACGGCAUCCGGCUGAAGCCGUGGAGGAAGGAGCCGGGGGACACGGGACUGGUGGACAUGCUGCCCUUCCUGGAGGCGGUGGUGGCCACCCAUGUGCCCGACGUGCGUCGCACCGUGGCCGCCUAUGCCGAGGAGGAGGACAUCCCCCAGGCCUUCAAGGCGCGCAUGGCAGCCGUGACAGAGCAGCGCGCGCAGCGGCAGGGGGUGGGCCGCGGCCUGCUCUCUGGCCUGGCUGGCGGCAGGUGA